UGUUUAACCCACAGUAAGGGAGUGAGCGCUGUCAGCAACAUAAAAGCAAUAAAAAAAGAUCUGCUCUUAGCUGCCACGAUGACAUGUUCAAAGGGCAGAAACCACAAGUGCAGUUUACCAAAGUGCACUUUUUCUUAUUGAUUGACAAAUGGCCACGAUGGACGCUGAGGAAUGUGCAAAGAAGAAAGGGUAUGGAUACAAUGUUGCUGUCAUCAAUUCUCCAGCUCCGGUAACCUUCCAAGAAACGCACGCCCGCACACUUCAAUGAUGCUGGAUUCAGGUCAUGUGUUCCGUUUUGGUUCCCGCUUCAGUUCAUGCAGCACUUUUACAACGUCACCUUCCUCGAGCGUUAUGCUGAACCAAUGGAGGAGAACCUGCUGACUGUGCUAUGGUCUCUGUCCGUGUCUAUGUACCCGCUGGGAGGCUUCUUUGGCUCUCUCAUGGUGGCACCGCUGGUGAACAAAUUAGGAAGAAAGGGCGCUCUCCUCUUCAACAACAUCUUCUCUAUCGUGCCUGCGUUGAUGAUGGGAGUCAGUGAGCUGGCCAAAUCUUAUGAGAUCAUUAUCGUGGCUCGGUUCAUAGUGGGCAUCUGCGCAGGUCUUUCAUCCAACGUGGUGCCCAUGUAUCUGGGCGAACUUGCUCCCAAAAACCUGAGAGGAGCCAUAGGAAUCGUACCACAGCUUUUCAUUACCAUUGGCAUCCUCUGUGCCCAAGUGCUGGGAAUCAGAAACCUACUAGGCAACAGCAAAGGUUGGACCCUCCUGCUGGGCAUUACUGGCAUUCCUGCUGUGAUUGAGCUCAUCCUGCUGCCCUUCUUCCCGGAGAGCCCUAGGUACACACUCAUCCAGAAAGGCGAUGAGGCGACCGCAAAGAAAGCGUUGCAGAGACUGCGUGGCAUGGACGAUGUGACUGCAGAACUUUCAGAGAUGUGUCUGGAAGACCAGUCGGAGAGGGUGGAGGGUCGUUUGUCCGUGCUGUCCCUGCUUGGCCAGCGCUCCCUUCGCUGGCAGAUGGUCUCCAUCAUCGUCAUGAACAUGGGGCAGCAGCUGUCAGGGGUGAAUGCGAUCUACUAUUAUGCAGACAGCAUAUAUGCCAGCGCAGGAGUCACAAAGAAUGACAUCCAGUAUGUCACAGUGGGAACAGGUGCCGUAAAUGUCUUCAUGACCAUCGCGGCUGUCUUCAUUGUGGAAGCCUCAGGACGACGCCUCCUACUCCUCUGUGGUUUUGGGAUUUGCUGCGGCGCAUGUAUCCUCCUUACGGUGGCGCUCACCUUCCAGGAAAGUGUGACGUGGAUGCCCUACGUCAGCAUCACGUGUGUUAUCAUCUACAUCAGUGGUCAUGCUAUUGGACCCAGUCCUAUCCCUUAUGUGGUGACUACUGAGAUGUUUCGGCAGUCAGCCAGGCCCGCUGCCUUCAUGGUGGCAGGCUCUGUCCACUGGCUGUCAAACUUCACUGUUGGCCUGCUAUUCCCUUUUAUGGAGAGAGGCCUAGGCCCCUACAGCUUUGUCGUUUUUUCCUUCAUUUGUCUGGCCACGCUGAUCUACAUCUGGCUGGUUGUCCCCGAGACCAAGAACAAGACCUUUCUUGAGAUCUGCCAGAUGUUUGCCAAGAGGAACAGAGUGGAGAUCAAACUGGGCGAUGGCAGUGCGUCACUGAAAGGGAGCAAAGAAAAGCCGCAGGAAGUCGAGAAGGUCACAGCCUUUUGAAGACAGCAAUAGAUAUUUCACAUGAGAGGAAGUCCUCGCUUUAGGGGGGUAUGGGAAUUGCAUCACACUGCAUGUUCCUCUAGUUGUAUUUUUAACAAAUGUUACAGCAGUCUUUUGUAGAAAAAAUGACCACACUACUAGAGGCAUAAAUAGACAUUAAGUAUGUAACUUUAUUCCCAAAAGAAAGAUGAUGAAUGUAUGAAUGAAACUUGUUGACGUUUAAUACGAGGAGUGACAAUAAAGAAACUGGCAGCAUGGCUGACUGCCUUUGUCACCUCAUUA